CACCUUUAGUCGAAAUUUCAAUUGAAGACAAGAAUGAAACUUCUGAUCUUGAUCUUCGCUUCUCUGAUGAUAAUAGGAGUCCAGAGUAAGGAUGGAUAUCCGAUGUAUGAUGACGGAUGUAAAAUCCCUUGCGUAAUCAAUAAUAGAGCUUGUGAAAUACAAUGCGUUACAUUGCGGAAAGGAAAGUCGGGUUACUGCUACUUUUGGAAAUUGGCUUGUUAUUGCGAGGGACUUCCGGAAUGGGCAAAAGUUUGGGAUAGAGCAACCAAUAAAUGCAGAGCUUAAAAUGAUGUCGUAAUUCUUUUUCUGAAUGAUGCAACUGUAGUCUUAUAAAAUAAAAUUACAUAUAACUGUAGGUAUUAAAUUCAUCUGUACACUUUCUUUUUCAAUCGCGGAAAAUAAAUUUUAAUUUAAACAUUAGAGAACAUCUCACUCACUGUGUUAGUUUUAAUAAAUAAAACUUUGACUCUGAUAACAUUCAAAUAAUAAUUUCUUAAAAUUCUUUAAUACUAGGUUAUAGAUACAUGCACACAGAUUCCAAUAAAGUGUGUUUGGGGGUGGAGUAAUCCUUUACUUGACGAUUUUUAUUAGAUAUAAAUAAUUAUAUUCGGAUUACUAUAUGUAUUUUGCUUUAUUAUAUGCUUGAUAGCAACGUAAGAACACGGAAGAUCUGCAAAGGGAAUGCUCCUCGAAAGGAUUUUAUGUAGAAAAGUGAUCCGUAUUUAAAUAAUAGACA